AUGGCAGAGAAGGAUACCUCAAACAAGGAGCGUCCUCUUGCGGGGGUGGUCCUCUGCUUUACCUCCAUCCUACCAGAGCAGCGGUCUGAACUGGCGAUUGUCGCCAGCCAGAUGGGUGCAACCCACAAGUUCGACCUUACCUCCGACGUUACGCAUUUACUGAUCGGCGAACUCAACACCCCCAAGUACAAGUUUGUCGCGCGCGAACGGGCUGAUGUGACCGUCUUGAAACCAGAAUGGGUCGAAGCCGUUCGUCAGUCAUGGAUGCAAGGUGGGGAUACAGAUAUUCGCGCGCUGGAAGAGCAGUAUAAGUUCCCGACGUUUGCAGGGCUUUCGAUCUGCAUCACGGGGUUUGAGGAUAUGGCACUGCGGAAUCACAUCCAGAAUACGGUCACUGCCCACGGUGCGGAGUUCCGAAAAGAUCUCACGAAGAAUGUCAGCCAUCUGAUUGCGAGGAAUACGGAGGGUGAGAAGUAUAAGUUCGCCACCCAGUGGGGUAUCAAGAUUGUCACGGUGAAGUGGUUCUCCGACAGUCUUGAGCGAGGAAUGGUCCUCGAAGAGACUCUGUACCACCCUCUGUUGCCGGAGGAGCAGCAAGGCGCGGGUGCCUGGAAUCGAUCGCUGCCUGCUCCGAAACCGAAGGCGCCGGAGGGCGAGAGUCAGACGAAUUCUAGGCCGAGGAAGUUGCGUAGGAUCGCUAGCGCUAAGCUGGGUGACCAGAAUGAAGGGAUCUGGGGCGAUAUUGUCGGCAUGGGAUUCGACAGCAGCGAGCCGAAGCGACCCGGAGAAAGUCAGCAAAGGAGUCAGACUUUGGUCAAAAGUGCAUCACUUCAGGAAUCCCGGUCCUUCGCCAGCGAGACCCCCUUUGCAGAGGUGCAAGAGCCUCGUCCGCAGCCCUCGGAACCACCUGUGGAGCGUCGCGACGGCUUCCUAGACGGCUGUUACUUCUUUAUCCAUGGGUUCUCCUCCAAGCAGACCAAUGUGCUACGCGAUCAUCUUGCCUUCAAUGGAGCACAGUUGGUGAAUUCCAUGAGCGAAUUCUCUCGACCCGACAUACCCAAACGGGGCCAUGGCUUGUACACAAUUGUGCCCUACAAGUUGCCUCGCGCACAGGUUCCAUCCACCGACGAUCUAGCUUUCGAGUGUGAGAUCGUAACGGACAUGUGGCUGGAAAGAUGCCUGGACGCGAAGACGCUGGUGCCGCCAGAAGCCCAUAUCGCCAACACCCCGGUGCCUUCGUUUCCCAUAAAAGGCUUCGCUGGAAUGAGAGUCUGCUCGACUGGCUUCUCCCGUAUCGACCUUCUCCAUCUAUCGAAAUUGGUCAACCUGAUUGAUCUAACGUCUCUAGGUGCCACAUACCACGAGUACCUGACUCCCAAUGCCUCCAUCCUGAUAUGCAAUGGCUCUGGCUCCGUGAACCCCGACAAGCUACGACAUACCCAAGAAUGGGGUGUCCCAGCAGUCUCCGCCGACUGGCUGUGGUCCUCCAUCCGGACCGAACAGAAACAGCCAGUCGACCCAUAUCUGAUCCAAAAACCACCCACGCAAAGCAGAAAGUCUCUGGAACCGCGAGCCGGCUCUCGCCCCGAGCAACCACCCCCUCCCAAUAAUAACGAGCAUCCUACGCACUCACGCCCCCGACACGAACACGAGCAACACAAACCUAAUAUCACACACUCCGCAGCCCCCAAACCUAUCUCCAAACCAUCCCCUACCAAAGACCCCAAACCCUCUUCCACCACCACCACCACAACCACAACCUCCUCCCCCCUCAAACGCAAAGCCUCCGACCAACAACCCUCCACCACCUCCACCUCCACCGCCCAAUCCGCCCUCACCCAAGCCGUCAACGGCCUCUUCAAACACGCCCCCGUCUCAGGCCCCGACGACCGCGAUCGCCAGCGACCCCGUGGCCGUCGUCCCCUCCUCGGCCGCGCCCCUUCCUCCCUCGACCAACCCAAACACUUCUCCUUCUCCCGCGCCAGCUCCAUCGACACCCUCAACGAAGACGGCUGCGGCAGCGCCCUCGACUCCAUCCCCAACUCCACCACCACCACCACCACCACUACCAACACCAUCGACCACAUCCCCUCCCUCUCCCGCACCCACAGCAGCCGCUACGAAUACCACUACCCCGACCACGGCCUCUACCCGGACGAAGACGACGAGAACGACGCCCCCGCCAUGACGCAGCUCGAUUACGAAGACCCAGACGCCGUCGCGAUGCGGGAGAAAUUCCUCCACCAGGCGGGGAAGGUCGUCGAGAAGAAAAAGUCCUCGGAUGGGGUUGCGGAGGGGAGGUUGGUUCCGGGGUUGGAUAGUAAGGUGUGGAGUGUGGGGCGGAGGACCAGGAAUGCGAAUAGGGUUUUGGAUGAUGUGUAG